AUGCACUACUCACCCAAGGGCAUAGACUUUCUCCUUGACAUGCACCACUCACUCCUGGACAUGGCCUUACUCGUCGAGAUGCACUACGCAAAGACCGGUAGCCGCGACAGAAUGCACGACGAAAUUGUAUUCACCUUGACUGGCAACAACUUCUGGCCGCAAGCAUCGAGGGAUAGAAAGAAAGAGGGCCAUUUCAUUGAAGCAACGCACAAGCUUCCUGCAUACACCCACUCCGGCCCGAUCUCGACCGUCGACCACUCUGCUUGCAAGCAUCGGCAGCUCGACGUGAAGAAUCGUGACGACGGCAUCUUCGACACCUUUCCCAUCAUUGUGCAACCUCCCGCACGGGCGGAUCCAGCGAGCCUAGCCACGACGAGGCCCAUCGUCCUCGCACCGUUUCCUUCAUCUCCGCACCAUCAUCUGGGGCAUGACCCUCUGGCCAGCUUUUCCUCCACCCGCCUCGGCGCCUGCAUGGCCGUGCCUCAAGACGACGGCACUGCCCUUCAUUUCCCCAGAAAUCCCGGUCCGGAAACCCUUGAGCAUUUGCAAGACGUCCAGGCCGCGUUUUGGCUGGCUCGAGAAAAGCAAUCGUCGAAAUUCUCUCCAAAAAUCGACCAGCGUCGCUCCAUCAAGAUUCUCGCCGCCUCCGCACAUCACCCCUCCAUGGUCGAGCCUCGCGGUCACAUGACUCCGUCCCGGAUGCCGCGCCGGCCGUCCGGUGGCCCGGCCCCAGCCGCGCCGUCCAGGUCGGUGUGGGACAUGGUUCUGAUUGGCAGGCCGCGACGGGGUUCGACGUUCACCCGGCCAAUCAUACCCCCGGUUCCGACCGAGAAUGCCACGGCCGGACUCGACCGUGCAGAGUCCCCAGAACGCGAUAAAUCUUACAUAAGCCCCGGCGUCGAUUUGCCAAAGCUAGCCAAGGUCCCACCGCAUCCCUUGACUUACACGGAUAUCAACAUGGAUACCGCCGGGGACGGGCCAGAAAGCCCCCGUCUUCCCUCCGCCUCGGCCUUGGAGGAUCUCUUUGACAAGUUGUUUGACUGGCCUGCCUUCUCCGGCGCCCCUCAGUCCAUAGACCAGUCAAGCCACUAUCCCAGCCCCCCGUCGUCCGACAGCCUGCCUAGUCCCGUCAUGGGCUCGAGCCCUUCGCCCGCCGCCGACGACCUCUCCCUCCAACACUUCGAGGCCCAACUGCUCGCGCGCGUCAUGGAUGCCUUUCAUCAUGAAGUCACCUCGGGCCCGGACUACCCGUACGCGGCCCAGACCCCGCCGGAACUGAUCCAUGGCGGCAGCACCUCGCCGUCGGACCACUCGGAUGCCUUGCUCUCGGACCAGGACCACCGCCAUCAUGCCCGGCGGGGGGGUGAUGUGGCCGUGAGGGAGGACGACGCCCACGAUGAUGAUGAAUCGUCCUGCUCCCGGAAGACGCCCUCCAAGCUUGCUCCGCAUCUCGGCCCGCGGCACCUUCGUCGUCACAUCCACCAGCCGGGCGGGCGCGGGAGCGGCCCGUGGGCCGGCCAGAAACGACGUCGAUCCGGUCAAGAUGCCGAAAAGAGGCAGAGGCAGCUGGAGCACCCCCUCCAGACGGCCGACGUCCGCAAGAGUGGAGCAUGCCUGCCAUGCCGAGUAACCAAAACCCGGGAUCCGAAAGCCGAGGAGAGGCUUCGUUCGUGCGCUCGCAGGUACAUUGGGAAGCCUAGGGAGAUUUCCAUCUUCCUCACCAAGGACACGAGCUCGCCGUCGCUGCGCACCACCGUGCAGGCGUACCGGUCCGAUGACGACGCCGACGGGCCGUGCAAUCCGAACAAGGCCGACUUCCCCCGCGACCACGUGCCGAGCCAUGAGAUGCUGCAGUCUUGGGUUGAGAGCCAGAUCCGAAGGGAGCACACCUCCGACUUUUCUCGCCUCCUGCAGAGCUUCCUGCUCGCCUAUGCCGAGGGAGGCCCCCGCUUGCCCCAACACAGCCUUGUCGAGAACGUGCACAAAAUGAACUGCUUCUUCAGGAUCUGGACCAUGUCGUCCUUUUGGUGUCGCGACCCCGCCAACCAUGUCGUGAGCCUUCCCCUGUCCGUGCAGGCACGGCUGAGAAGCAUCGCGCGGGAAGCACUCAAGCUUCUCGAGUACAAAGUCAUGAAGACCCUGGACGACUUCCUGGACCAACAGACGCAACCAAAACCGCCGGAGAAGGUGGCCAUCUGGGCGAGCUUGUGGCAACUCAUCUUGAUGUAUCGCCAACUCUUGGCUGCCUUCCAAGCUCAGGUCUCCCUAGGCGGUGAAAACGCCCUAGCGUACGGUCACGAUUACAAGCAGUUGACGGAUAUCCACUUCCCCUUGGUCGCCAUAUUUUAUCACUACCAGUUCCGCACCAAGAAGAGUCUGGAGCUGUCCCUGGACUGGCUUGAUGCUGGACCCCAACUUCAACACUCUCCUCGGAAGAAAAUGGACAUUUGUCGUCUUGGACAAGAGCUCCUGGAUGCCAGGAGGUCCAUGUAUCAUGGCCUGCAGGCUUCCGAGAAUGAUGGCGAUUGCUUGCUAUGCGUGCUUGUGGUCAACCACGAGCUAAAGAAGCUGAGUGCAAGAAGACGACCUUCCAAAGCCAGUACUAAAUCCAAGGAUUCCGGUAAGGUGGGUGACUGCAACGACGACGACGACGACGACGACGACGACGAAUAA